ACAUCACUGGUAUCAUCCAUAGCCUCAAAGAAAAUAAUAAUAAUAAUAAUAACAACCCACGAAUCUUGGCCCUUGCAAAUUAAGCUGAUUUUCCUUUUGACUCACACACACCUUGCAUCCACCCCACAUAUGGCUGCCAUGAACUCUAGCGUAUUGGCCUGUAGCUAUGCCAUAUCGGGUGCAGCAUGUUCUGAGCUCAAUGCAAAGCUCAGUUCCGUGCCCUCUGUUGCACCCUCUUGUUACAAGUUGCCAGUGAUCAAGGCCCAAGAAGCCAGAGCUCCCAAAGCCAUGGAAUCUCAAGCAAGUGAAGGAAGAAGAACUGCCCUUGUUUUCUUGGCAGCCACCCUUUUCACCUCUGCAGCUGCAGCCUCCAAUUUUUCUGCCAAUGCUGGGGUCAUUGAUGAAUACCUUGAAAGGAGCAAGGCCAACAAGGAAUUGAAUGACAAGAAGAGGUUAGCUACUAGUGGAGCAAACUUUGCAAGAGCAUACACCGUGCAAUUUGGCAGCUGCAAGUUCCCUGAGAACUUCACUGGUUGCCAAGAUCUUGCCAAACAAAAGGUCACAGUUCUAGCCUGUGUUAUUUUAUCCCAAGUCUUGCAUUUUACCUUUUCUAAUUCUCUUUGUGUUGUGUUUUUUUUUUCCCUGCCCUUCCCCUCUUUUGGGUUUUUGUUUAAGCAGAAAGUGCCAUUCCUUACUGAAGAUUUAGAGCUUGAAUGCGAAGGAAAGGACAAAUACAAGUGCGGUUCUAAUGUUUUCUGGAAAUGGUGAAGGGGGGCAACAUUUUCAUGCGCAUUUUCUCUAUGAAAUGUAUCUAGCUGCUCCUUGAAAAUAUACCAUAUUUUUCUGGAUUGCUUUUAUUAUUAUAUUUUGAUUAUGUUGGUUUUGCUUGGUCACAAAAUGUGUAAAUUGGUCUUAUUUCCUCUAGAUUCGUUGAAAUUAAAUCUACGCU